AGUAAGACUGAAAAGCCUCCAUCAACAUGGCCACCACUUUCUCUGCCCGCAGCAGCUUUGCAUCUGGAUCUGUGAUCGGAGGAUCCAUGGGAGCCUCGCGUAUCUCUCUUGGUGGUGGAGGAGGAAGCCGGGUGAGCGCAAUGCGUGCUGGAAGUGUCUAUGGUGGAGCAGGAGGGUCUGGGGUUCGUAUCUCCCAAGCUUCACGGUCCUUGUCCUUUGGUGGAGCAGGAGGCAAUGUUGGUGGAGGCUUCGGUUCUGGUGCAGGAUUUGGAGGUGCUGCAGGCUUCGGUGGUGGUGUGGGGUUUGGAGCUGGUGCUGGGGAUGCUGAUGGCAGCAUCAUCGGCAAUGAAAAGUUCACCAUGCAAAACCUUAAUGACCGCCUGGCCUCCUACCUUGAGAAGGUGCGCUCACUGGAGAAGGCCAAUGCUGAGCUGGAGCUCAAAAUCCACCAGUUCCUGGACAGCAAGACCUCGCCUACUGCACGGGACCACUCUGGUUCCUUGGCUUCCAUCAGUGAGCUCCAAGCCAAGAUUCUGGAUGCAAUUCAGUUGAACGGUACAGUGCACCUUAGCAUUGACAAUGCCAGCUUGGCUGCAGAUGACUUCAGGAUGAAGUAUGAAAAUGAGUUGGCUAUGCGUCAAUCUGUUGAGGCUGAUAUCGCUGGACUGAAGAGGCUGCUGGAUGAUCUGAACAUGACCAAGAAAGAUCUCACCCUGCAGAUUGAAGCCCUGACUGAGGAGCUGGUCUUCCUCAAGAAGAAUCAUGAAGAGGAGCUGCUAGCUGCACGUAGCCAUAUGAGCGGACAGAUUAAUGUUGAGGUUGAUGCUGCACCACAGCAAGAUCUCACCAAGGUCAUGGAAGAAAUUCGCGAACACUAUGAGGCUGUUGCUGCCAAGAGCCAGAAAGAGCUUGAGGGCUGGUUCCAGACAAAGUCUGAGACCCUGAAACAGGAGGUUGCUGCUAGCACUGAGACUUUGGCCACAUCCAAAACAGAAGUGAACACCGUGAAGAGCACAUCACAGUCUUUGGAAAUUGAGCUCCAGUCUCUGUUGGCUAUGAAAGCCUCCCUUGAGGGAACACUAUCUGAGACCCAAGGCCGAUAUGCUAUGCAAUUAUCAGGAUACCAGAUGCAGGUGAGCAGUCUUGAGGAUCAACUGGUGCAGCUUCGUGGUGAUCUGGAGCGUCAGUCCCAGGAGUAUCAGGUGCUGCUGGACAUCAAGACCAGACUGGAGAUGGAAAUUGCUGAGUACAGGAGACUGCUGGAUGCUGAGGCCAGCGGCAGUACAUCGAUUUCGUCCGCCAAAAGCUCCAGCACCAAAACAGCAAUCAUCACAGUGGUGGAAGAGGUGGUUGAUGGGAAGGUUGUCUCUUCCUCCUCUACCACGAUUAAAAAGUAGAAACAGAUGAAUCAGAAUUGACUUUAUUGGAGUAUAGUUCCCCAGUAAUGUCUGUCAAAAAAUAAAACAUUUCAAGCAUCACAA